GCAUGACACGGGUACCACGAAAAUAGGAAAAGCGUUUUAGCUGCUGGUGUAACAAUGAAGUUAGUUGACUGUAACGUUGUUUUUAGGGUUAACAGGCACGUUUAGUAGUUUACUCCGUAUAUGUAAGAGCUUGCCAAUUUAACAUUUACAUUCUGGUUUGACAUUAUUGAAACAGUUGUUAAAACAGCAAAGGGGAUAGCUAGUAUAGAGUCAAGGGUGGUCCGCUGUGUACGCUAUGGUUUGUUUACAAAUUAGUCUUAGUGAGCUAGCCAGCAAGGUAUUCAUGAUGGACAUUAUGUAGCCAUCUAGCUAAAUGGUUUAACAGCAUAACUAACUAGUUGCUCACGUUGCGAAUCUAAUGCAUUUGAAGCAUGCUCUAAGAUCGGAUCUUUCAACCUCGCUGGCUAGCUGUGUGGUAGCUAGCCGGCUAGCUUGGAGAUAAUUAGUCAUUUUUGGAUAGCUUCAGCGAUUGAAUGUGGCUAGCUAGGUAGCUGGCUGGCUAAAAAGUGGGAGAAAAUGCCUUGCACUUGUGGGAACUGGAGAAGAUGGAUUCGACCAUUGGUCGUGUUGUUGUAUAUUUUGUUAUUACUGGUGGUGUUACCUCUAUGUGUGUGGGAACUGCAGAAAUCAGAGGUUGGCACCCACAACAAAGCAUGGUUCAUCGCUGGCAUAUUUGUGUUCAUGACCAUACCCAUAUCUCUGUGGGGAAUCCUGCAGCACCUUGUACACUACACGCAACCUGAACUACAAAAACCCAUCAUCAGGAUAUUAUGGAUGGUGCCAAUAUACAGUUUGGACAGUUGGAUUGCUCUGAAGUAUCCCAACAUUGCCAUCUACGUGGACACAUGCAGAGAAUGUUAUGAAGCUUAUGUCAUCUAUAACUUCAUGAUCUUUCUGCUGAAUUACCUGGGGAACCAGUAUCCCAGCCUGGUAUUGAUGCUGGAAGUACAAGAACAGCAAAAGCAUCUGCCUCCAUUGUGCUGUUGCCCGCCGUGGCCCAUGGGAGAGGUGUUGUUAUUCAGAUGCAAACUUGGAGUCCUACAGUACACUGUCGUUAGACCCUUCACUACAGUGAUUGCGUUGAUCUGUCAGCUGUGUGGUGUGUACGACGAGGGCAACUUUAGCUCCAAAAAUGCAUGGACCUACCUGGUGAUCGUCAACAAUGUGUCCCAGCUGUUCGCCAUGUACUGCCUGGUACUGUUCUACAAAGCGCUGAAGGAGGAGCUCAACCCCAUCCGUCCAGUAGGGAAGUUCCUGUGUGUCAAGCUGGUGGUGUUCGUGUCCUUCUGGCAAGCAGUGUUCAUUGCUUUCCUUGUGAAGGUGGGAGUCAUUUCGGACUCUCACACCUGGGACUGGGACAGUGUGGAGGCUGUGGCCACAGGCUUACAGGACUUCAUCAUCUGCGUGGAGAUGUUCCUGGCUGCCAUCGCUCACCACUUCAGCUUCACCUACAAGCCUUACAUCCAGGAGGCGGAGGAGGGUUCCUGCUUCGACUCCUUCCUGGCCAUGUGGGACAUCUCCGACAUCAGAGCCGACAUAUCGGAGCAAGUGCGCAACGUCGGACGAACAGUUCUCGGCCGGCCCAGAAAGACGUACUUCGGAGACGACGACCAGGAACAGAACGAGCACACGGGCCUGCUUUCGGGAGGGGCCCAGGACCCCAUCACGGAGACCGCCUCCAACCCCCCGUCCCCCACGGGCCGCUACCAGGGCCUGGGGCGCACCGUCGCGCCCCACUCGCUCUCCGCCCCCGCCGGGCUCAGCACCGCGGUCUGGGAGGUGGACGGCGUGCAGCCGAACUCCACGCACACAGACACAGCGGCCCGCCCCGACCCGGACGACGGCACUAUUUCCUAGUCUGUCCCCUCCCUCCAUCACUGUCCAAUCAAGUCUGCUAGUUCCAUUUUAAGAAACACAAACAUGUACGCAGACAGUCUCGGUGCUGGUGCACGCUCUCGGUGCUGGUGCACCCGUGCAUUCAGUAUAGCUGACAGUUUAGGCACAAAACCAAAAGAACACAGUGGGGAGAAACACCAACAGCUUGUUUUUUGUUCCUUUGUUGAGCAACUCUGUGGUGUCUUAUGGGUAUUACUGCCAGUGGACCUUUGGCUGGAUGACAGUGUCUGAAGAAGGCUGCCCUCUGCUUUAUGAAUGUUUUAUUUGUGUCAUUAAUAGUUCUUUGAUGCCAUCCUGGCCUGCAGCUAUAGUGCAACCAAUCCUGUGCUUUUUGCUUCUGUCCCCCUGCUACUUGGGGUGUCUUACUAGACAUUUUAUUUUGGAAAAAAUAUAUAUAUAUUUUUUUGGUCAUAGAACACAUUUUUCAUGACUAUGGCAUUAUGUCACUAGGUGAUGGUUUUAUAAGCUGAUUUCCCUUAAAUGCAUAAACCUGUAUGUUUAAAGGCUUGGACAUAUCACCAGGUGAAACAGCAUUAUCCCAAUAGACCAUCACUCCUCACUGUACGCACAUACAUCUGGGGAGAAGUGUGCAUACAUUUGCUAUACUAGAGAAAAAUGAGUAGUUAUUUUUAAAAAGCCAGUUAUGAAAUAUCAGUGGUCUGUUGAGGUGGACCUAGUUUGGAACAGCUGUGAAAAUUAGGAUAAGUUUUUCCCUAUUGCUAAACUGCGGCAAGCAAGCUUUUCUAGGAUCUUACUCUAAACCCUCUGUAUGAAGCUACAAUUUGUGGUUAUACCCUUACACUACACUACUACCACAACACUUUCUGACUGGACUUUGUGUUGGUGGGUAGGAUUAUAUAGGUAAUGACACUAACAUGUAAAACAAGUUGUUUGUGGUAAAAACAAAUGAUCAAGCAUUUUUCUUAUGGUGUGGAAGGACCAGGUUAUAAAUGAUUUCACCUUUUACCUUGUUGUUGUUCUUAUUUGCAUAUGUCUUCUAAGGAGAACGGUGUUGCAAAUAUU